AUGCGGCGGCAAGUGGACACAUUCGACGAGACGGGUGCUAUACAAAUAGUUCAUCCUCCACCCCCUGAUGAACAAGGAUGGGUGCUUACCACAGGGAACGAGUCGUUGGUCGAUAAUGUACUGUCGAUCUCCCUGAAAUUUGGCGGAAGAUUAGUCUCAAUGGGAUAUUUUAUUCGUCAACAGUAUACCUACUACUACGCAAUUAUGCACAAAUAUACGGGCCCGGUUUUUAUCAAACCAGGACCAAUGUCCUACAAUGAGUUGAUCACUGCUAUUAGGGAAAAUAAAAAGAGAGAUCUGGUGUUAACUCAAAUUUGUGGUCAAGAAGAAAAACCAGGUAGAAUUAGCUUCACAACGUAUUGGGAGCGAAUUCCGGACGUUGACUACGAGGUUUGGUUCCCCGGCUCCAACGAGGCGAACACGCAACGAUUGAGAUUUGAGAGCACAGGUUUUCGUUUGACCUACCUUUGUGGUUAUUCUGAAAAUAGUCGAGGGAGAUAUGUAGGUAUAUGGCAGAAAUCGAAUAAGACCGGCGAGCAAUACGAAGCGCAUUACGGACUUACUCUGGAUUCCUGCAUGCGAAAGAAUAAAAUGCUUCUAACGAAAGGUUUUGUGGCCACAUCCUUCAGAGUGUUCAACAAUAAUAAUCAGGUAUUAUGCACGGCGAUUUGGGAGCAGAAGUCGGAUCGUCAGAGUUUCCUUCUUGUAGGAGACAAUCUCAAUGCUAUGUAUACAGCGAUUCCUGUGCGAUUCCUUCAAGGCACUCCGGAGCUGUUGACAGAAUCUCAGUUGGACUUCCUGAUUGAACGAGUGGAACAUUUUAUGCGUGAUCUCAACAUACCCGGUUUAUCCAUAGCCAUAUCGAAGAGAGAGCAACUAAAGUUCGCUGCUGGCUUCGGAUACGCAGACUUACGGAAACAAGAAAUUGUGACUCCAAACCAUCAAUUCAGAGUUGGUUCCGUAUCAAAGCCGAUAACUGCUACUGCCAUCAUGCUUCUAAUUGAUCAGAAAAAAAUUUCUCUCGACGAGAAACUUUUUGGGCCGAACUCAGUUUUCGGAAACAAGUUUGCAAGACGGAAAUCCUACAAAAAAUAUGUCACAGAUGUCACAGUGAAGCAUUUACUUGAACAUUCCGCUGGUGGCUGGGACAACCUCCUAUCUGACCCAGCCUGGAUUGAGCCGCAGCUAAGCACCGAGAAAUUGAUAGAAUAUGUGCUGGAGAAUAUCCCAUUGGAGUUCGUGCCCGGCACAAGAUGGAUCUACUCCAAUUUCGGAUAUCAGGUUUUAGGUUACCUCGUCGAACAUUUAACAGGGACCACUUAUGAGAAUUUUGUGAAGAAUUCCGUGUUUGCUCCGGCUGGAGUGUACGAUUUACAAGUCGCUCGGCCAAGUAUCAGCCAAAAAGCACCGAGGGAGGUGAUAUACUACAUGAGUGGCAACAGGCUUGGUUUCGAUCCGUACGAUAUGUUGCCUUCGGAACGGAUUGGACCCUGGGGUGGCUGGAUUGCAAGCCCUAUUCAGAUGUUACUAUUUAUGGCAAGUGUAGAUGGUUUCUCGCAUAGAAAAGAUCUGCUAUCGCCUGAAUCAGUUUCCGAAUGGUCGACACCGUCACCAUGUUCGAAUAAUACUUAUGGCCUUGGAUGGUCAUUGAAUAUAAUGGGUUUCAAUGGAUGGCAACAUGAUGGAAGAAUGCCAGGCAGUGCAGCGAUGCUGGUUCGAUUGGAUAAUGGGCUCGAAAUGGCAAUCACCGUCAAUAAGGCAUGUGAAUUUCUGGAUAACAAGGGACAAAGGAUAAAAUGUCUGGCGUUAAUCAAUCCGUUUGGGACCUGCCACCCCAAUUCAGAAUCGUUUGAGAUUUACGAACGCGUGUCUAGCCUUCAGAAUACUUGCGGUAUCUGCGUUACAAGUCUGCUACCAAUUAUUCGACCACGGCGGGAUGAAAGACCUGGUUAG